AUGGCUCUUGUGAUAAACCAAUCGAGAUCCGCGAUUUUGGAAUCAAACUCUUAUCAACCGCAAUCAAAUUUUUUGCCUUCGACUAGCGGAUUUUUCAAAACUCUAACAACUUAUCUAACUGCCGCUCCUAAGACAUCGCCGAAAAAAGAACAAAUAGAAAAAGAAACAAAACUUAUCGAAAAUUGGGAUGAUGUCAAUUUCAGCACAAUUAAUUCAGUUGUUUGCAAUUAUUUGUACAGAGAUUGCGAAUAUCAACGAUUGUAAGUCAAUUUUCUUUCGAAAAAAAAUGAUCAGAUUUUUUUAGGUUUGUGGAACUGGAAAAUGCAAUCGGACCUCGUCGAGAAGAACAACUUUAUAUUCUGACAGCCAUCACUCUUGCUCUUAUUUUUGUUCAAGAUCCAGUUGGAUCUACAACAUCUUUUAUGGUAACCUUUUCAGCUCUACACAGCAGUUUUCAAUCUAAUGAAAAUUUUAGACAAUUGUGAUCCCAGCAUUUUUCACUGCAAUCGCAUUACUUCAAGAUUCUGAUCCUCAAAUAAUUGCAAAUCGACAAGAAUUUGCUCUCAAAUAUUGGACAGUUUAUGGUUUUUUCAUUGUUUUCGAAUCGUUUCUCACAUCGAUUAUCAAAUUUGAUCUACGUCUUUUUAGACUUGGAUUUUUGUCGUUGUGUUUGACAUCGAGAGUUCCAAUUUUAUCAAUGACUUAUAGUAAGUUGAGCAAAAAGGCAUUUUCAGCGAAAGUUUUGAAAUUUCAGAUAAAAUACAGAAUCGUAUAAUUGCUCUCAAAAAUUGUUUUGACCGAAAUAAUCUGAUGAUCAAAGAACAAACUAAUAUUAAAUAA